AGGAAGUCCUCCAGUGGACUGGUUGAAGUACCAUACAUCGUCAGUGGUUUCUACCGUGAGAGCUCAUGGACACAACACCGGCUUUUAUGGCUUUAACAGCAGCUAGAGUCCUAAACUGAGUUAGUUUUAUUCCAGAUGACAGUGAAAAGGCCUCCAUCAAGGAAACUAUGGAAGAUUUCCAGAAGAAGACCUGCGUUCGCUUCGUUCCUCACGUCGGUCAGCCGGACUUCCUGAGCAUCCAGAGUAAACUGGGGUGUUGGUCCACCGUUGGCAGAGAUGGAGGUCAGCAGGUGGUUUCUCUGUUGACGUCCAGCUGUGUGGAUCAUGGAGUGAUCCAACAUGAGCUUCUCCACGCUCUUGGCAUCCACCACAAACACACCAGAACCGACAGGGACCAGUACGACAGGAUAAACUGGGAAAACGUCCCAGCAGCAAGUUCAUCCAACUUCCAGAAAGCUCACACCAACAACCUGAACACUCCUUAUGAUUAUUCUUCUGUUCUGCAUUAUGGAAGGUAA